AUGGAACAACCAGAUGAUGAAUUCAUAGAGAUUGUUGUCAUUUUAGAUAGAGAGGAUCGUCAGAAUCAAAUGAAGAUUGAUUCGAAUGAUAAUGAUGAUGAUGAUAAGAUUAAAGAGAAAUCAGUAGAAUUACUUCAUAUAUUUCUUCAUAAACUAUGGUUGAAAGGGAAAGUAAAAAUAUUGUCACAAUCGAUCAUGGAUGCUGUUAAGACUGAAACAGAGAAUAACCUUGGUUGUUCAAGUCUGACUGAUACAUUUAGAUCUCAUUUGUUUAAUAUCAGAGAAUUUAUUGCAAUUUAUGAAGAUGAUGAUGAAGAAGAUUAUUGUGGUGGUAGUCGACGUUUAUUCAUCUCAAAGUUGUUAUCAAUCCUCCAAACAAAGUAUGAUGUACAUGAACCGGGAAACCUCAUAGAGCUCAUCAUAAAGUGCUUGCCCGAAAUUGAAAUGUCCUCUGAAUCUAUUACAUGGAAUAAACUAGCCAAAAGGAUCAUUGACACUCUGACCAAAGUGUUGAACAGACAUCGUGAAAAUAGACAAGCACCCAAUACCAACACAAGAUCGAUAUUAGAGUAUUUGAUUGUCUUGGCAGAGAAAGUUCCAGUAUUGUGCCACAUUCAAAGCACCAUCUCUUAUUUAUAUUAUUGGUUGGCGGAUGUAAAGGAUAUGGAAUUGAAAGAGUGGACAGAUCAAGACAAUUUGGACAUGGACAGCAACUAUAUCAAAUUCUACUAUGAUGAAGAGAGGAAUGACAAAAUUAUCCCACACUCUUGGCGUAUCUAUAACAAAUACUAUGAUGACGACGAUAAAGUAUCAGGUAUUCUAUCUUAUGCAAUGUUUGAAAAAUUCUCCAAGAAAUUUAACAUACUUUCUGUUGAUUUCAUUUACAAACAUUUCAACCUAUUGGUCAAUUCUCAAAUGUGGAAGGAAAGAUAUGCAGCUAUGAUUGGUUUAACUAAAUCUUUUAAAUACAGUAGGGAUAAUUUAAUUUCACAAUUUCCUUUAAUUUUAAAAUUAGUAUUAAAAUUAACAGUUGAAGAUGAAAAUAUCAGAGUUAGAUGGGCAUCAUUACAAUGUUUAAUUCAAUUGGUAAUUGAAUUUAAAGUACUGGUCGGGAUUCAAUAUAGAGAUGAAAUAUUCCAAGUUAUUUUCACCAAAUUAAUUAACGAUCCAAAUGAAAGAAUUCAAGGUCGAUGUUGA